GCCCCACCCCUCGGGUCAGUCGGAGACACAACGGCGUUCCACUCGGCUGCUGCAACCAGUCCUUUCAAACCGGCCGAUAUGCCGUUCUAGGGCGUUUUUUCCCCUAACACCACCCAGCCAUAUACCGGCCCCCUUUUUUGUUUGUUUUUGUUUUUCCUUUUUAUAAUCGUUCUCCAGUUAAACACGACCGGCCCAUUUUUUAAGUACAAAUCCGGGAGAUUUUACCCCGAAAAUCUGUGAUAUUCUAGUGUGUAUUUUCUCGUGGCUCGUGUCGCGUCAAAGUUCCUACUUGAUUUGUAUAGUAAUAUUUGUUCGUUCUAUACGACGAGGAGACAAUAAAAAAUAUAUUUUUUUAUUAAUAAACAUUUCGACGUAAAGAUGGUUGAGAGGAUUUUGGAAGAGUUGCACGGCGAAGAGCCCAUUUCUGGCCAAGAGGCAGACUCCGGUGUUCUUCGUGACAAGACAAAUGAUGCCGCGAUAGAGCGUGAGGCCGUGAAGGAGGCAGCGAAGAAGACCCGGAGGAGGAAGAAGACGACGGCCAGUUUUGUUACGUCAUGCUUCCAAGACCUUUACAGACUGACGGACGAGGUGUUGGGGAGGGGCGCAUACGCAUCUGUAGUGACAUGCGUCAACAUUCUCACCGACAUGGAGUUCGCUGUGAAGGUGAUUGACAAGAUACCAGGCCACCCGAGGGCGAGGGUGUUCCGCGAGGUUGAGACUUUCCAUCACUGCCAUGGCCACCCCAACAUCAUCCAGCUGCUCGAGAUGUUCGAAGAUGAUACACACUACUACCUCGUAUUCGAGAAGAUUGUUGGUGGUGAACUUCUUUCCCGUAUCCAAGAGAAAGACAAGUUCACUGAGAGGGAGGCUGCUGAGAUAAUACGUGACCUGGCGACUGCCCUGAAAUUCCUCCACUCCAAGGGCAUCGCUCACAGGGAUCUGAAGCCUGAAAACAUCCUUUGCGUCUCGACUGAGAGCCUCAGCCCGGUAAAACUCUGUGAUUUGGACUUGGGCUCAGGCAUCCGAUUUUCAAGCACCGGGCCCAUGUCGAACCCAAGACUGCAUUCACCAGUCGGAUCAGCAGAAUUCAUGGCGCCUGAAGUUGUAGAGACGUUCCUAGCAUCUUCGCAUGCUGAAGCGUCAUACGACAAACAGUGCGACCUUUGGUCGCUCGGUGUCAUCCUGUACAUACUCCUCUGUGGCUACCAGCCGUUCUGGGGAUUCUGCAAGGGCGACAACUGCUGCGCAGACUGCAUCGACUGCCGAGUGGCGCUCUUCGACAACAUACUUGAAGGGAGGAUCGUAUUCGACCGCGAGGGUUGGGAUGGUGUGAGUGAGCAAGCCAAGGAUUUGGUGUCACGGCUGCUGAUAAAAGACCCAGAAAGAAGACUGACAGCGGAGGAGGUGCUGGAACACCCCUGGGUGGCCGGCCUGUCCGCCGAGGGCAGCAACGCCCUUGAGACACCUCGCAUAAUAAACCGUAACAGCUCGGCGAAAGAGCUGUCGUCGCUGGCCGAGUCUGCCAUGUGCCUCAACCGCGUCGUCGUUCAGCAGCUGUCGAUAUGCCAGGCGGCAGCACCGGUGGGGACGGCUGACAACCAGCUCAGCCCGGUCCAGGCCUCGGCGCUCCUCUCGCGUCGACAAACGCAGACAGUCUAGUCCCUGUAGAGAGCUCGAGAUUUCUUUGUAUGUUUCAUUUUUUCAUUUGCCUUUUAUAUAAUAUAUUAUUCUUUUUUUUUUUC